AUGAAAAAUGCUUUGAAAGCUCUCUUCACUACUAGCACAAAAACAAAUUUCAAUUCUUACCUACAAACAUGCAUUUCCCUCCUAAAGAACUUCACAAACCACAACUUGGUCACUCAAGGAAGUACCAUUCAUGCUCAUGUACUCAAAACGGGGAUUUUUAAAGAGAGAUUUGUGGCUAUUAAGCUGCUGCUGAUGUACCUCAACAGUAGAAAAACUCAUGAAGCUAACGAGGUUGUAAAGGAGUUUAACGGGUUUGAUAUUGUUGUGCAUAACUGUUUGAUUAAUGCUAAUAUUCAACGGGGAAACCUUGACCAAGCUCAAAGGUUGUUCGAUGAAAUGCCUGAAAGAAAUGAGGUUUCGUGGACGGCUUUGAUUUCUGGUUUUAUGAGACAUGGACGAGUUGAAGAAUCAAUUUGGUACUUUGAUAGGAACCCAUUUCAGAAUGUGGUUUCUUGGACUGCAGCUAUUAGUGGGUUUGUUCAAAACGGGUAUAGUUUUGAAGCUUUGAAGCUUUUCUUGAAGCUGCUUGAAUCUGGAGUUAAUCCGAAUGCCGUUACUUUUACUUCUAUAGUUAGAGCUUGUACAGUGUUUGGUGAUUUUCGGUUGGGCAUGAGUUUUUUUGGGUUAAUUGUUAAGGCUGGAUUUGAAGGGAAUAUAUCAGUUUCAAAUUCUUUGAUUAGUUUAUGUGUGAAGAUGGGUGAAAUUGAUUUGGGUAGGAGAGUAUUUGAUCAGAUGGAGACGAGAGAUGUUGUUUCUUGGACUGCGACACUAGAUAUGUAUGUUGAGAUGGGAGACUUGGGAGAAGCGCGUAAAAUCUUUAAUGAGAUGCCAGAAAGAAAUGAAGUUUCUUGGAGUGCUAUGAUUGCAAGAUAUAAUCAGAGUGGCUAUCCUGAAGAGGCUUUGAAACUCUUUCGCCAAAUGGUUCAAGAUGCUUUUAAACCAAAUACCUCGUGUUUCUCUACCAUUCUUUGUGCUUUGGCUAGUUUUAAGGCUUUGCAACCAGGAAUGAACAUACAUGCCCAUGUAGUGAAAAUUGGGAUUGAUGGUGAUGUUUUCAUUUGUAGCUCUCUUAUUGACUUGUACAGUAAAUGUGGCAAGACUAAAGAUGGACGAUUAGUGUUUGACUGGAUCGUGGCAAAAACUGUGGUUUCAUGGAAUUCCAUGAUUAGUGGUUACAGUCUAAAUGGCCAAAUGAAAGAAGCCAAGGAGUUGUUUGAUUAUAUGCCCACGCGAAAUAAUAUCUCUUGGAGUGCCAUAAUUUCUGGUUAUUUAGAGCAUAAACAAUUUGAUAAGGUGUUUGAAAUGUUUAAUGAGAUGCUUUUGUCAGGUGAAAUUCCGAAUAAGUCCACUUUCUCAAGUGUGCUUUGUGCUUCUGCGUGCAUGGCCUCAUUAGAAAAAGGGAAGGACCUUCACGGAAAAGUUGUUAAACUUGGGCUUCAGUAUGAUGUUUUUGUAGGAACUGCACUUACUGAUAUGUAUGCAAAAUCUGGGGAUAUUGAGAGCUCUAAGCUGGUGUUUGAUGGAAUGUCCGAAAAGAAUGAAAUCACUUGGACUGUGAUGAUUCAAGGACUUGCAGAAAGUGGUUUUGCAGAGGAAGCUCUUAUUUUGUUCGAGGAAAUGGAGAAAACAUCGGUUGCUCCAAAUGAGCUCAUGCUAUCAUCAGUUCUGUUUGCUUGUUCUCAUUCUGGUUUAGUUGACAAAGGACUUCAAUACUUUAACUCAAUGGAGACUAUUUAUCAUAUAAAGCCAAGGGGAAGGCACUAUACUUGUGUGGUAGAUAUGCUAUCUCGGUCAGGACGCCUCUCUGAAGCUGAAAAUUUUAUUAACUCAAUGCCAUUUCAACCUGAAUCCAAUUCAUGGGCAGCUCUUUUAAGUGGUUGUAAGAUUUAUAAAAACGAGGAGAUAGCUGAGAGGACAGCUAAAAAGCUUUGGGAACAGACGGACAAAAACCCAGAAGGAUAUGUCUUGUUGUCAAAUAUUUAUGCUUCAGCUGGCAGAUGGACCGAUGUUAUGAAUAUAAGGAAGUUAAUGAAGAAGAAAGGACUGAAGAAGAGCGGAGGAUGUAGUUGGGUUGAAGUGAGAAAUCAAAUACAUUCGUUCUAUUCUGAAGACAGAACACACUCUCAAUCAGCUCAACUCUAUGGAUUUUUGGAGCUUUUAAUGUCUGAAAUGUUUGUUCAUGAGAAUCCUAUAACAAUUGAAUCAAAUAGAUCGUUUCUGAGUUCUAAAGGAAUUGCUUCUGACCUCCAGGUUCAUUUCAAAAUCCGUGAUAUCCUCGAUUCUGUUGUUGGAUCAUCGAUUUUUCUUGAAUUGUCACUUCAAAGGUGCCUGGAUAAGCUCACUUUGUGCGUCGGCUAUGGCUGUGGAGACUUGAGUGGCGUGACGAUGUUGGCUGUGGGUGUGGAGAGGAGACUUGAGCGGUGGAAAAUGUUCAGGGUUGGACUUCCAUCCCCGUCCCCAAGGACAGGGAAUUUUGUGGUCCUCGACUCCCCGUCCUUGAUUUUUCGUGGAAUCCUUGCCCUGUAUGGGGCAGGGCGGGGCCUUGGAAAACCGGGGAAAACGCCCAUCUUUAUAUCAGAUAUAAAACUGGAAGGAAGCUUUAGCUGCAAGAUUAAAUAUUGGAUUGGUGACCUCUAUAAUUGCAAUGAAUCGAUUCCUGCACUUGCUCAUCAAAAGGAGUUCAUUCUGAUGGAUUCAUAUACAUUGAAGUCCGUGCUUGAUUUGCCUGAACAUUUUCGUUCAGCUUUUAAUUUCAGAUAUUUUAAUUCCCUACAGAGUGAAUGCUUUCCUGUUUGUUUCUACUCUGAUGUAAAUAUGGUUGUCUCGGCACCAACUGGAAGUGGCAAAACAGUACUCUUUGAGCUGUGCAUUCUGAGGCUUCUCACAAGUUUCAUCUCUGAGGGGAGGUUUGUUCAUAUAAAGGGAACCCUUAAAACGAUCUAUAUAGCCCCAUCCAAAGCGUUAGUACAGGAGAAGCUCCGUGAGUGGAGCCAGAAGUUUGCAUCAUGGGGGAUAAACUGUUUGGAGCUGACAGGUGACAAUGAAUACUAUAACACAAGGAACAUACAAGAAGCGGACAUUAUCCUAACUACUCCAGAGAAAUUUGAUGCGGUAACUCGAUAUCGCAUAAAGGAUGGUGGCCUGAGCUUUUUCAGUGACAUUGCACUUCUACUUAUUGAUGAAGUUCACCUAUUGAAUGAUCCACGUGGAGCAGCUCUGGAGGCAAUAAUUAGCAGAAUAAAAAUGCUUUCUCGUUACCCUGAGAUGAAAUCAUGUCCUCUAGGUAGAGUCCGCUUUCUAGCCGUGUCAGCCACAAUUCCAAAUAUUGAGGACCUUGCGGAAUGGCUUAAUGUUCCUGUUCAAGGAAUUAAAAGGUUUGGAGAAGAGAUGAGGCCAGUAAAGUUAUCUACAAAAGUUUUUGGUUAUGCCCCAGCAAAAAAUGAUUUUCUAUUUGAGAAGCGUCUUCAAAACUACAUUUUUGAUAUUCUGAUGCAAUAUUCAAGAGGAAAAUCUGCUCUGGUUUUUUGUUCAACUAGAAAAGGAGCACAAGAAGCUGCACAGCAACUCACGCAGACAGCAAUGACCUUUGGUUAUUCAAAUCCAUUUAUUAGAGACCGUGAACAGCAGGAGAGGCUAAGGGAAGCUUCUUUAUCAUGUAGUGACAAACAAAUGCAAUCUUAUAUUCCUUUUGGAGUUGGUUACCACAAUGGUGGACUUUGCCUGAAAGAUCGCAGCCUCAUUGAAGGACUUUUUCUUAAGGGAGAUGUUCAAAUUCUGUGCACAACAAAUACUCUUGCCCAUGGAAUUAACCUACCAGCACAUACAGUAGUAAUAAAAUCAACACAGCACUACAACAAGGAAAAAGGUCUUUACAUGGAAUAUGACCGAUCCACCAUACUGCAGAUGUGUGGAAGGGCAGGGCGGCCACCCUUCAAUGACACAGGAACUGUUAUAAUAAUGACGAGAAGAGAUACUGUUCAUCUAUAUGAGAAUCUCUUGAAUGGAUGUGAAAUGGUGGAAUCCCAGUUGCUUUCAUGUGUGACAGAACACUUGACUGCAGAAAUAGUUCAACUAACUGUUUCUGAUAUCACACGGGCAAUUGAAUGGAUGAAGUGCUCGUAUUUGUAUGUGAGAAUGAAAAAGAACUCUCAAAAUUAUGCAGUUAGGAAAGUGAUUUCCAGAGACCGUAUAGAGAAGCAUAUGCAAGAAAUUUGUGUUCAAAAAGUUAAUGAGUUGUCAUGCCAUCAAAUGAUCUGGACUGACGAAGAUGGUUUCCUCUUGAAACCACUAGAGCCUGGAAGAUUGAUGACCAAAUACUAUUUGAAAUUCAAUACAAUGAAACACAUUAUGCAGGCCCAAGUAAACUGCAGUUUAGAAGAUGCGCUUCACGUUAUAUGCCAUGCUGAAGAGAUUGCUUGGAUACAACUUAGGCGCAAUGAGAAGAAGCUUCUAAAUGACAUAAAUAUUGACAAAGAUGGACGGCUUCGCUUUCACAUUAAUGGUGAUAAAGGGAAGCGGAAAAAGCGUAUUCAAACCAGAGAAGAGAAGAUAUUUGUUCUGGCAAAUGAUUGCUUAACUGGGGAUCCUUCCGUUCAUGAUUUAUCUCUGACUCAGGACACGAAUUCUAUAUGCACAAAUGGGUGCAGAAUUGCUAAGUGCAUGAAAGAGUACUUCAUAUACAAAAAGAAUUACAGAGGAGCUGUAAACUCAAUCCUUCUCGCUAAAUCAUUAUAUCAAAGACUCUGGGAUGACAGCCCAUAUUUGCUGAAACAAUUAACUGGAAUUGGAAUAGUGACCGCAAAGGCUCUGCACUCAAUGGGAGUCAAAUCAUUUGAAACACUAGCUGAAGCUGAUCCGAGGAGGAUAGAAAUAGUCACUGGUAGAAAAUAUCCAUUUGGAAACCAUAUCAAGGAGUCUCUACUGUCUCUACCUCCAAAAGUUGACGUCAAGGUUGAAGGAAUAAAAUGCCAGGGACAAGGUAUGUCCAAGCUGGUAGUAACAUUGACUAGGUUAUCACAGUCUGAACAAUCUACCAAACGACAUUAUGCUGAUAUGAUUGUUGGUGCAGAAGAAGAUAACCUGAUUCUCUUUCAUGAGAAAAUAAGCCCCUACAGCACGACUAUUUUCUCAUCAAAUCCCCAACAAGGGAAGCUGACUGUUAAAGCUGACCUUAUUUUUGAAGAAUACAUUGGUAUUGAUAUCCACCAGAAACUACUAGUGGUUAAGGAGAACAAUUCAACUGUGAAUCACAAACGUGGAAAUAAGCAGCCUUCCUUUUUUCCGCCACCCAAGGAAGUAUGUGUUGUUGAAGAUGAAAAUGAAGCCACAACCCAAACUCUGCACCAGAAGCUUAAUAAAAGGAUUGAUAGUUCAAUACCCAGUUUCAACCUUCUGGAUGAGGAGAUUGGAGAAGGUAAGUCAGCUGGUGAAACCGAAGACGAUGAUUGCAAAAUCAUAUCCGAGGAAACAAUAUUUAAGCACAUACGUGAUAAAGCCAAGAAUUUCCCUGUCUUGACUACAUCAAAGGAUGCCCAUUCUACAUCAACAGAGCCGCCUUGGAUUCUCUCAAGAAAGCGUUCUCGUGAGAAGCACCUUGAACUCUCUGAUGUGUUAGAUGUCCCAGAAGAAACAGAGGUAAGCAACUUUCCGCAAGUGACUCUGCUCCAUCUAUCAUCAGAACCAAAAGAGCCAGAACAAAAAGGGCAUGGUUUCAACAAACAUCUGAUUCCGAAGUGCCAUUUAACUGCUGGAAGUUUGGGAACCAUUAACCUCAUGGACAAAUCAGUUGGGCUUCCAUCUCAACAUGGGGAUACCAUUUCGAAGACUUUAACGGAAGACACAAUCUUUGAUCACAUACGGAAAAAAUCUAAGAAUUUUCCAAUGUACAACUUCAAUCUAUCAAAUACUACAGAGUCUGAGCCGCUGAUUCAAAUAAAUGAACACUCAUCGGAGAAUCAGUCUGAGUUUUGCAGUGGUGCUUCUGACAUACCGAAAGACACAAGUUUCAUCGCCAAUAAAACUGAGACAUCAUCUCUGAAAAUGCUAUCCUUUGAUAUCUCUAUGAUGAAGAACAACAAACGAUUUGGAGAGGCAGGAAGCUCCAUGGAGGUCACCAAGAUGCAAAAAUAUUCUCCAAGUGCAUCAGGAAGGCAGUGCUCUCCAUUGGCACCUACAGAGAAAAGCAGAGAAGCACAUUCAUUUCUUGGGCUAAAGAGUGUCUUUUCAUUUCUUUAA